AUGCUGAGCGAGGAGGAGCAGGCCAAGGCCGUGGCCGCCUUUGAGACGCUGGGCGUCUGCACCCAGCUGGCGGAGGCGGCAGCGGCGCUGGGCUGGAAGAGCCCCUCCGCCAUCCAGGAGCAGGCGGUGCCCCUGCACCUGCUGGACAAGCCGCAGGCUCUGUUUGCGCUGGUGCUGUCCCCCACGCGCGAGCUGGCCAUCCAGAUCAGCGAGCAGUUUGAAGCGCUGGGGGCGGGCAUCGGCGUCAAGUGCGCGGUGCUGGUGGGCGGCAUAGACAUGAUGGCGCAGGAGCGCCGCACGCAGCUGUUCAGCGCCACCAUGACGAGCAAGGUGGCCAAGCUGCAGCGCGCGUGCCUGCGCGACCCGGCCAAGGUGGAGGUGGCCUCCAAGUACAGCACGGUGGACACGCUGCGCCAGCAGUACAUGUUUGUGCCCGCCAAGUACAAGGACUGCUACCUCACCUUCCUGCUCACCGAGCUGGCGGGCGCCACCUCCAUCAUCUUCACCCGCACCUGCGACUCCACCCGCAGGAUCGCGCUCAUGCUGCGCAACCUGGGCUUUGGGGCGGUGCCCAUCCACGGCCAGAUGAGCCAGCCCAAGCGCCUGGGGGCGCUCAACAAGUUCAAGGCCGGCGAGCGCAGCAUCCUGAUUGCCACCGACGUGGCGUCGCGCGGCCUGGACAUCCCCUCUGUGGAUGUGGUAGUCAACUACGACGUGCCCACCAACAGCAAGGACUAUGUGCACAGGGUGGGGCGCACGGCGCGCGCGGGGCGCUCGGGGCGCUCCGUCACCAUCGUCACCCAGUGA